CUUCCCCUUGACUGGUAUUGGCCAUGGCUAGCACCAAGUUAGGGGCUACUUUGACAUGCCAUCGCCUGUUCGCUAAGCCCGCUCGGAAGCCCUCUGCUCCUUUCGUGCCGUCCGUUCCGGGUCCGGCGCCGUGUUCUUCUUCUUCUUGUUCUUCCUCUUCGAGGGCCCGAGCAUCCGAUGGACGGCGGUCGUGGGUGUGGCGGCGAGUGCUCAUGAUCCCCGUGAAGGCUACUGCUGAUCAACAAGGCAAGGUAGAAGAAGGAGAGUCCGAUGUUGAAGAUAGCAAAAUUCUGCCAUAUUGCAACAUAGACAAGAAAGAGAAGAAGUCUCUCGGCGAACUUGAACAAGAAUUUCUUCAAGCACUACAAUCAUUUUACUAUGAAGGGAAAGCAAUCAUGUCAAAUGAGGAAUUCGACAAUCUCAAGGAAGAGCUCAUGUGGGAAGGAAGCAGCGUUGUCAUGCUAUCUUCUGAUGAGCAAAGAUUCUUGGAAGCUUCGAUGGCCUACGUGUCUGGCAAUCCAAUUAUGAACGACCAAGAAUACGACGACCUGAAAUUGAGACUAAAGACUGACGGGAGCGAAAUCGUUGCCGAAGGCCCACGAUGCAGCCUCCGCAGCCGAAAGGUCUACAGUGACCUUUCUGUUGAUUACCUCAAGAUGUUUCUGUUGAAUGUCCCAGCAACUGUUGUCGCACUAGGACUGUUCUUCUUCCUGGAUGAUAUAACUGGAUUUGAGAUUACAUAUCUUUUGGAGCUGCCUGAGCCGUUUAGUUUCAUUUUCACAUGGUUCGCGGCUCUGCCGCUCCUAGUUUAUCUGGCUCUAUCGCUGACGAAUGUGAUUGUGAAAGACUCGCUCAUUUUAAAGGGUGCCUGCCCCAACUGCGGCACGGAGAAUGUCUCCUUCUUUGGCACCAUAUUGUCCAUCUCUAGCGGCGGUACAACGAACAUUGUUAAAUGCUCAAACUGUGGAACUGAGAUGGUGUAUGACUCGAAAACCCGGUUGAUUACAUUGCCCGAAGGAAGUCAAUCUUGAUGAGAGGGUGAAUUAUUUCUCAGAUGUUAACAAGAUGAACGUGCCAAUGCGAGAUUGGGACUCAGCAUGUACCGUGUUAUAACAUGCCGAGGAAAUUGCUGCUGCAUCAUGACCUUGGUUGUGAGGAGAAGGAAACAAGAUGGCUGUACAAUAUUUAUUUGUAUAACAACAAUCAAUCACGAGUGCUGUUAAUAUGUCAAAUUCCAGUUACAUGCUGCUAGUAAAUACCUGUCACGGCAUCUUAGUCAAUAUUGAGAAAAUCGCUUACGAAUAUUUUUGCGGAACAAGAGAGACCGUGUAUCUAAAAGUUUCCAUACUUCAGCCACAGUUUGCCACAAUAAUGCUUCAACUCUUGCUUUCUGAGGCUUUGGUACAAAGAAGUAGCCUUGUAACAUUGCACAUAGUACAGAUUACAGGAAUGGCUUGAACUUCAGCUCA